UGUUUCGUUAGAAAUUUUAGUCGGUGGAAACCAGUUCUUUGUUUUUUUAGUGAUCGAUCCUACACAAACGAUGCCAAAUUCGAAGAAGAAGAAGAACUCCCAGAAGAAGAACUCCCAGAAUCUGACACCAUAUCAAGGCAAGGAAAGAACGUUUGGGUACUUCCGCUGUUCUGCAUGCAAUAAAGGGUGGAUGAGUGGCAAUUCCUGGGCCAACACUUGGCAGGAGUGUAAAAGGUGCCACAUUACUGUCUAUCCGUAUAAACAGGUGCCAUUGGAGAAGUCAGAUACUCAUAAGCCAAAAGAAGAGCAUCCACAGGAACUUUGUGGAAAAUGCAUUCAGCUGGGGUUUCGGUGCCGCGAAACAUGAUAAACAUGAAGAAAGUUAAAUGAAC